CAUUUUUCGACAAAAAUAUCAAGUUUUUGAAUCAAAUUACAUUCAAAUUUGAAAUUGCGCCAAGACAGGGUGCCCAUACCGUAACUUAUAGUACUGUUCAGUGUGGCCGUUCUAGCGUCAUAAGGAAAUACCUUCACUUUCGGGGGGAGGGAGCACGCCCACUAAAUUGUUGUACACAGCCGAGAUAUUGAUUUUGCAGGCAGCCCGAGAGGAAAACCAGCAACCGACCACCCCCGCGCGCGCGCCACUCUUACGUAUGUACAUAUAGUAGUAGUAACGCGACGGUCCUUCAAACAUUACGCAUCGCCCAAGGUUCUGGAAGAAAAAAUCGAAGAUUGCCGUGCAGCUGAAACGCCAAAAGGCAGAACGUGCGGAGCAAGCGAAAUACCCCGUGACAGCAAACACCAAAGAAGUAGCGUAACCCGCGCAGAGCAGCAGCAGCGCACCCCCAGAGGAGCACCCCCACGCAGCAGCAGCAGCAGCAAUAGCUGAGGAAAAGUGCACGCCGCCAAACGCUUCGCGCCACCACCCAGGCACCACCACCCGACACCACCACCACCUCGAUUCAUUCAUCUUAAUUGGAGUAGGAAAAAUCCAGCAUCACCAUGGCUUUCGCUGGUCUGAAGAAGCAAAUCAACAAGGCCAAUCAGUACAUGACCGAGAAGAUGGGCGGUGCUGAGGGCACCAAGCUGGACAUGGACUUCAUGGAAAUGGAGAGGAAGACGGAUGUGACCGUGGAGCUGGUGGAGGAGCUGCAGCUGAAGACAAAGGAGUUUCUGCAACCGAAUCCCACGGCCAGGGCCAAAAUGGCAGCUGUGAAGGGCAUAUCGAAGCUGAGCGGGCAGGCCAAGUCGAACACGUAUCCGCAGCCGGAGGGGCUAUUGGCGGAGUGCAUGCUGACUUAUGGGAAGAAGCUCGGCGAGGACAACAGCGUGUUCGCGCAGGCGCUCGUCGAGUUCGGCGAGGCGCUAAAACAGAUGGCCGACGUCAAGUAUUCGCUGGACGACAACAUCAAGCAGAACUUUUUGGAGCCACUGCAUCAUAUGCAGACCAAAGACCUCAAGGAGGUAAUGCACCAUCGCAAGAAGCUGCAGGGCCGGCGUUUGGACUUUGACUGCAAGCGUCGCCGGCAGGCCAAGGACGAUGAGAUUCGUGGUGCCGAGGACAAAUUUGGCGAGUCCUUGCAAUUAGCGCAGGUUAGCAUGUUUAACCUUCUGGAGAACGACACCGAGCAUGUGUCCCAGUUGGUCACCUUCGCCGAGGCACUAUACGAUUUUCACUCGCAGUGCGCCGAUGUGCUGCGCGGCCUGCAGGAGACGCUGCAGGAGAAGCGCUCCGAGGCGGAGAGCCGGCCACGCAACGAGUUCGUGCCCAAGACGCUGCUCGAUCUGAACUUGGACGGCGGUGGCGGCGGCCUCAACGAAGACGGCACGCCGUCUCACAUCAGCUCGAGCGCCUCGCCGUUGCCCUCGCCGAUGCGUUCGCCCGCCAAGUCGAUGCAGCAGGCCGUGACCCCCCAGCGCCAGCAGCAGCCCUGCUGUCAGGCGCUCUACGACUUCGAGCCGGAGAAUCCCGGCGAGCUGGGCUUCAAGGAGAACGACAUCAUAACGCUGUUGAACCGAGUGGAUGACAAUUGGUAUGAGGGCUCCGUGAAUGGCCGCACCGGCUACUUCCCGCAGUCCUACGUCCAGGUGCAGGUUCCGCUGCCCAACUAAGCAAUUCCCGAUCCGAUCCUCCAAUGCUACCCCAUCCCGUGUCCCCAUCCAUAUAUAUCCCAUAUAAAAAUCUUAUCGUACUGGCUGAAGAAUGAGAUAUGUAGUAGUAGUAGAUGGCAGAUUGGAGAACAAUAACCUUACAUGUUGGUUUCGCCACCAGAGGCGCAAGUUGGACAGAAGCAGAAGCAGCAGAAUAUGCAAAUAUAUAAAUAUAUAUAUAGUUGAAUUAGAGGCGGGUUACUACGGUUACGGAUUACGGAUUACGGACAUAACGAUAUUACGGCUUAGCUAGCUAGCACAGCAGCACGGAAGAAGAUUGAUUAUUCAUUGUGGCCAUAAAAGCAAGCUAACUAAAUUUUAUGUGCGAAAAUUUUACCAGUUGGCAAAACAAUAAUUAACAAAUUAAUUACGAGUUAAAUUAAUGUACGUACGAAUAACUAACUAAAUUUACAAAAUGUUACGCGCGCAAUGCAAUGCGACACUUCCUUGCGUUUCCAAUUUUUAUUCUCAAGCGUCAGCGUUCGAAGCAAACUCUUAGUGCUAAAGUGAAAACAAAUUCAAGGCAAAAAAUUAUAUAUAUUUAAAUCAGAAUCCGCAAUAGGCCAGCAGAAGCAGCUCUAGCGUUCUUGCACACGUAUUAAGACGUAUUAAAAAAAAAGCAAAACAAGCUAAAAAAAAAAAAAAAGAAAAACAUAAAACAAAAAGAUACAGAAGCUAAACACUCUAGUUAAUUAACCAAUUACCCAUACUACAGGAUCACCCACGAGAAGUGCGUAUUUUUUAGCCGUCUUUUGCCAUUUUGUUGUACUUUCUCUUCCAACUCCUACUCCUACUCCCAACUUUAGUCCUGCCUUUGACUUUUAUCCGGUCUCAUCGUUGUGUAUUGAAAACCUACCUAAGCCAUUGGGCUCUCUAUAGGAUAAUUGCUACAAUACCCAUCCAUGUCACACGCCCACAUAUACAUCCUAUAUAUUUAUUAUAUACCCAAAUGAAAAUACCUACUCUACCUAACGUAUAUUUGUGCAAAAACAAUACUCCCCACACUCUAUUUCAAAAUGGCACACAAUUUAAUGCGAAAGUGUGCCGUUCUCGAUGUUCGUUCGUUGUAAAAUGUAAAGAUACUUCAGGAUUCAAGGAUAAAGCAAGCGAAAUUUGUAUCCUACUUUUGCUCCUUUUUAUGUGUGUUGUUUUUUUUGUUAAUUAUAUACAUAACAACUAUAUAUAUAUACGAUAAAGAAAAAGAAAAAGAAAUCAAAUAUAUAUAAAUAUAUUUAUUAAGCGUAUUAUCUACAUGUAUAUUUAUUAUUAUGUAUUUAUUAUAAAUUAUACUGAGCAGCAACGUAUAACAAUAUAUUAACGUAUUGAAAACGAUGAUAAACCAGAAAACUAGCGGCAAGUAAACGUAACAGAAUCCUCCUAAACAAUACCAACAAUACAAGCAUAAAACUAGUUAAACGAUUUCCACAAAACAUGUUGAUAAUAAAUAAUUGAUAAACUGUAAACCCUAUAAUGUAAGAUGCAAAGCCAGUCAAGUCAAUCGAAGCAUAGCAACUCUUGAAAAACAAAACAGACCUACUAACUAAAGCGUUUACUAACCACAAACUCUAGAUCAAAUAUUAUGUAUUCAAAGAGGAACCCAAAAAUGAAACACAAAUAAAUAAACGAGAAACAAAUAAAUGAUUAAAAUAGUCUCAUGUUGGCAUAUAACGGAACAAGCUAUGCAAUAUAUUAUAUAUACGAAUUGUAUAUAUUUUAUGGAAAAAGAUAUAUACAAUAAUAAAAAAUAAUAUGUAUUUACGUAUGAAGCGAAACCCAAUUCAGAUCCAUGCAACUUGUGUUGAUAAUAAAUUAGUUUAAAAAUCGGAAAGAAAGCAAAAAAUUAUAUUCGCGACCGAAGAUAAAAAACAUUUGCCUCGUGGAUGGACACAAAACAGAAAACAGAAAUACAGUACCGAACAUUUCCAGAGGGCCUGCCCUCAGUAUCUAUCGGCUGUACUAUCUACAUAAAUAUUUAUCUUUAAAAACACACACAUUUCGACUCAUCGGCGAGGAAGAGAAUUGUUAACAAUAAUUAUUGUAAUUAUGCAUUUGUGUGGGCGGAAAUUAAAUAAUAUACAUUAUAAACUAUACACCUAUAUAAUACAAUUACGCUAAACUGAUGAACCUAAUUUAUGCAACCAAAUUAAUAAAUUUAAUUUUUAAUGUGUCUUUCGUUCAAAGUCAUAAAUGAGAAA